AUGAGCGACAUCACUGAAGCGGAAGCGGCUGCGCCGCAUACCACCUUUGACACUAUCUUGGUGCUCGAUUUCGGAUCUCAGACAAGUCAUCUCAUACUCCGUCGUCUGAGGUCGCUCAAUGUGUAUGCGGAAAUGCUCAGUUGCUCCACCAAGCUUGCGGAUCUUACCUGGAAGCCUGUUGGCAUCAUUCUUAGUGGAGGUCCAUCCUCUGUUUACGAUGAAGGAGCUCCCCAUGUGGAUCCUGCAGUCUUCGAUCUCGGGGUCCCCAUCCUGGGUAUCUGCUACGGCUGCCAGGAACUCGCCUGGCGUAUUGACGAGCGGAAUGUCGCUCGCGGUACUACACGGGAGUAUGGUGAGACGGACCUUGCCAUCCACAAGGUUUCCCACCACGCCGACCGGCUCUUCGAGGGCCUUGGGGACUCCCUACGUGUUUUCAUGAGCCAUUUCGACAAGCUUGUUCGUCUUCCUGAGGGCUUCGUGACCAUCGCUAGCACGAAGAACGCUGAGUUCGCUGGCAUUGCCCAUCAGUCGAAGCCCAUCUUUGGGAUCCAGCUCCACCCCGAGAUCUCCCACACAGCGCGAGGCACCGACAUCCUCAGUAAUUUCGCUCUCAGGGUGUGUGGCGCUCGUGCAGAUUGGAAGAUGGAGAACUUUACCGAGAAGGAGAUUAUUCGGAUCCGGAAGCUUGUCGGAGACACCGCGCAAGUUAUUGGUGCCGUAUCCGGCGGUGUCGAUAGUACAGUAGCCGCAAAACUGAUGCAAGAAGCCAUCGGCGACAGGUUCCAUGCAAUAGCCGUGGACACAGGUCUGAUGCGUCUGAACGAAGGCGCGGAAGUUAAGCAAACUCUGGAGCAGCAUCUAGGUAUCAACCUUGCUAUUGUGGAUGGGUCUGAGCUCUUCCUUGGUCGUCUUGCCGGAGUUUUGGAACCUGAGACUAAGCGGAAGAUUAUCGGCGGGACUUUCAUCGACCUCUUCGAGAUUGAGGCACUCCGGAUUGAAAAAGAAGCAGAGAACACACCUCUUGCCGGUAAGGUCGAAUGGUUUCUCCAAGGUACCCUCUACGCCGAUCUCAUAGAGAGUCUCAGCUUCAAGGGGCCUUCGGCUACGAUCAAGUCCCACCAUAACGCCGGGGGUCUCCCAGCGCGAAUGCAGAACGGCGAGGCGCAACUUAAGCUGCUUGAGCCCCUUCGAGAGCUGUUCAAGGACGAGGUGAGGAGUUUUGGUCGCCAGCUGGGAAUCCACGAGGAUCUCGUCAUGAGGCAUCCGUUUCCGGGCCCGGGCCUCGGGGUGCGUAUCAUAGGGGAGAUCACGCCCGAAAGAGUCGAGAUCGCAAGGAAGGCCGAUUUCAUCUUCAUCUCAAUGAUCAAAGAGGCUGGUAUUUACAAUGAGAUCACCCAAGCCUAUGCUGGGCUUGAUACGAACAGAGCCGUGGGUGUGCAGGGAGAUUCCAGGGUUUACGGGUAUAUAUGCAUUCUGAGAGCUGUGACCAGCUUGGACAUGAUGAGCGCCGAGCCGUACGAAUUUUCGUGGAGUCUCCUCAAGGCCAUCACUAGGCGGAUUAUCAACGAAGUCGACGGCAUUGCGAGGGUUGUUUACGAUACAACAUCGAAGCCUCCCGGCACGAUCGAACUGGAGUGA